AUGGACGCCACAGCCCAGAAGGAGCGUAUUCCGGUGGGCGGUGCUACUGGUAAAGGCCCAGGACCAGAGAAUCAGCACCUGGAUGCAGUGCACAUUUCGUUACUUCCUAUCGCGGUAGUAUAUUCUGGUGGUUCUCCAGAAUGGUCUGUACUGACUUAUGAUGCGGGAAUAGACACUGGCAAGCCCUCUGCUUUGGAGGACAAAGAUAAUCCAGAUUGGGUCCCAUCGGUGAAUCUUGGUUAUGGUUCCUCCAGCAUUGAUUGCUCGAGGUAUAAACGAAGGAUGAAAAGAAAAGUUUGUUCUCUUGCUGAGGAUCUUGCAGAAAGCGGUGCUGCAGACAAUAAUGAUACCGAGUCAAAUCAUAAGGAUGUGGGUGUCCAAACUGAUGUAUCAAUGAAAGAUUUAGAUCUGCAGCAACAGGUUUUUCGAGACAUGCAGUUGGAACUUUCAAAAGUGAAAGACAAUCUUAAAAAGAUAACGUUAAAUGAAGAUUCCUUCAAAGAUAAUGAUGACAAGGUAAAAUAUUUCACGGGAUUGCCUACUUAUGCAUUGUUACUUAUUAUUUUCGAUGUGGUUCAGCAUCAUUUAAAAGAAACGCCACAGUCUGCCUUAAGCAAAUUUCAGAAACUUUUGCUCACCCUCAUGCACCUAAGGCUGAAUUUCGACUUUACGGACUUGGCAUACAGGUUUGGAGUGUCGAAAUCAACAUCCUCCAGAGCAUUUGAGGAUUGCUUAUAUGUCAUGCACGAACGAUUUAGUCGCAUGGUUUCCUGGCCUGAAAGAAGUGAUUUGGUCGAGAAAGUGCCAUCCUCGUUUUUAGAUGCAUUUGGCAAAAAAGCAACAAUAAUCAUAGACUGCUUCGAAAUCAAGAUAGAAAAGCCUUCGAAUGUGGUAGCUGCAGCACAAAGUUACUCACAUUAUAAAAGCAGCAACACUGCAAAGUACUUAAUAGGCAUCUCACCUCAAGGUUGCGAAUACAUGGAAAAUGUACGAAUCGAGUUGUUCUGGUGGCAUGUUGAGCCAAUCUGCUUGGAAUCAGUUUUGUCGAGAGAGUGA